GUCCUACUCCCCAACCUCACGACACAGAAGAGAACCCUAACACCACAAAGAGAAGACCCACUCUCCCGCUCGCCGCUCGCCGCUCGCCACUCGCCGCUCGCCACUCGCCGCUCGCCGCUCGCCACUCGCCGCUCGCCACUCGCCGCUCGCCGCUCGCCACUCGCCUCUAGCCCUGUCUGACCCACCAUUUUGCGGUUCGCAGUUGCAAGCUAAGAUACGAGGAUGGGUGUAUUUUGGGGGACUAGGGUUUUGGAGAUUGUGAAGAAACAUGAUUCUGGAGGCCUCGUUUGGAAGAGAAUUAAGCUCACUACUACCCGUAAAGCCAAUGCCAAGAAGCGUCUCCUCCGCGUUUGGCAGAAUGAAGCUGUCCUGAGGGCAUGUUCUGAACCACCUCCUCCUAAAAGUUCUUCUGCCAGUAGCAAUAAAGCUCAUGACAAUGUCACACAGAGUUGAUAGAAGAGCCAUGAUGAUGGAUAAUAUUAGAUCCAUCUGAAAGCUGUAUCAUUAGUGCUCUAGGCUUCCCAGUCUGGGAACAUUUCUUGUCUUCAGACUUAGCAGGAUGCAUCACUUAGCCUCUUGUUUAAGCUUUGUUUUCAUGAAGAAAAAAAUAAGCAUUUUUGUCAAGUCUCAGUGCUCGAGUUAGUUAUUGCAACUGUUUUGAUUUAAUUCUGAUAUGUUGAGCAUCAGUACGAUUAUGUGCAGCAGGGACUUGGAUUUGUUUUUUCCCUCUUUUUGAACAUGAUUAUAUCUUACAUCUUGUAUAUAUCAUCAUGAUUAUUGUAGCAGUGUAA